AGGCGAGGGCGCACACGGACAGCCGAUGUCUGCUGCGACAGACACUGUGACAGCGCGGGCUCCCAGCUCCUGGGAAGAAGUGCGUUGACCUAAGAGAGCGGGAGUGGACAGAAGCAAAGGGGCCACCGGACAGACCAGAGAGAACAGAGAGAGAUGUGGCCACUUGGUAGCAGCCACUUAAGGGACUCUUUAGGUGACCAGGGAACUUUAGAGGGGUAGAGACAGACAGUGGCGCGGUACUAGGGAGCCUGUCUAGCCUCCUAAGGCACGUGUGUUGUCCAAGCCGUGUCCGUGGUUAGCUGGAACCAGCGCCAGUCCCCUGCAUCCCAGAGCAUCUCCGGGGCUCUUUAUACCGCCGCCAGCUCUCUCAGCGAUCCUCCGAUACUUUGCAGAUGUGUAAUUUCAACCUCUAGAUGCUUUCCCAGACUCCCGAAAUAACAUAUCGGGCAGGUUUGCCAGGGUGAGAUGAGGUAACUUUUUGUUUUUUAAGAGUGGGGAAGGGAUAGCUGGGAAAUAGAGGGUUCGCAGACAAGCUGCAGAUUGGACAGAAAGAGCAGAGACGUCAAGCGCGAGCAGGCUGCGAGGCACCGGUGUAAAGUGCUCCUCGGCCGCGAUGGCCCCGGGACUCAAGAAAGUUGAAGGGGACCGCCUCAGUCCGCUCGCCACAAAGAGGAACCUGGACAUGACCAGAAAGAUCUUCACAAACACCAGGGAGCGGUGGAGGCAGCAGAGUGUCAACAGCGCCUUCGCCAAGCUGAGGAAACUCAUCCCCACUCACCCUCCAGACAAGAAGCUGAGCAAAAAUGAAACGCUUCGCUUGGCAAUGAGGUAUAUCAACUUCUUGGUCAAGGUCCUGGGAGAGCAAAGCCUACAGCAAGCAGGAGUAGCUGCUCAGGGAAACAUUCUGGGGCUCUUUCCCCAAGAGCCCCACCUGCCAGAUGUGGAUGAAAGACUUCUACUCAAAGACUAUGGAGUUGCUUCCCCUGACCCCAGCCGUGAGGCUCCCUAGGGUGGCUAUGACUGUCAGUCCCCGGGGCACUGUUGAAGAGUUCUGUGGUUGUGCCUGUGCUAUGGAGAGGUGUGACACAGGAAGUGAUGGGGACAGAAGCUGAGAGCCGCAAGGGGCUUGAGGAAUGUUGUUGUUCUAGCCUCAUUACCCCAGGACUUUAGGCAGAAGAACUUGCUCCAUAAGUCUGCGCGAGAUGAUUGCAAAACAGCAAAACAACCGUUAAGUUUAAACUGGCGCCUUGCUCAUGAUUUCAGUAAUGAGGAUUCCCUUACACUGGAUCUCAGAGGAAUGAUGCUUGUUGCCCUCUGAAUAUAUUUAAAAGUUUGCUUUGAAAAAGGACAUGUGUCUGAUUGAGGGUAAAUACAAGAAGUCUUAAGACUGAUGAAUGAAAUGGUAGCCACUGUGGAAAACCAACCCCAGAGAGGCAUGGGUCAUCUCUGGAGGGAUGUCCCUUUGGGCAAAGCAGUGAGGAUUCUGUGGGUGGAAAGGCUCCAUGUCCUUCGACCUCUAUAGACUCAUGAUAACCUACCUGGCUGCAUAGUAAAUUUGAGGUCAACCCGGAAUACAUGAGAUCCAGCCUCAAAAGAGGAGGAGGUCAGGGGAGGGACAAAACACAGAUUUGUAAUGUUGACUUUGAAGUUGAGCCUCUGAAAUCAAAUAGUGGAUUUUAUUCAUUCGAGGAAAACCCUGGUAAUUUAGGAGCUAGACUGCAAAUAAGUUUUCUUAUUAAAAAUGAGCUGGAAUGAGGGAGCAAACCCCUUAGUUUGACACAUUGGGUACUAAAACUUUUAAUGCAGCCUAAAUUCCUGCUGACUUAAAAGUCCUGCACAAGUCAAUAACUAUGAAAAACCCAAAUGUUGGCAUUUCACAUUUUGCUGCGAGCAGACAAUAGAAAUAAGGGACCAGAUGCUAAUGAACUAGCUAAUGAACCAGUACAAUGAAGACCAGGGAGCAUUGGCAGGCUCUUAAGCUGGGGCGGGGUAGCACCCGGCAAACCAGUGGAAUAGUGUGGAUGCUCCAGUCCUCACUCCACACCAUUCUGGUCCUCAUGGAACUUGGAUUCAAUGAUGAACCCAGCAGUCGAGCCGUCAAAGGCAGAUGUCUAUAUCUGGGACAUUUUAUUUCCCCAGAGUUCUUUUGGCUUUAUGAUCGUCCAAUCAUAGGUGGGACAGCUAUGGAUUGUGGUUAAGAAUUUACAGUGUCUACACAAUACAGAAUUUAAAUGUCCCUCUGGAAAGUAUUUUAUUCAUAGGUAACCGCGUCAUUAAGGUCGAGUUAGCCAAUGCACUUGUAGCACAGUGGGUUUCCCUCUAAGUCCUUUGUUUAACCUCACUUGGUUGGUUCAUUUCCCCACAGAAACAGUUAGAGACAGGGAACCAUAGAGGCUGCUGAAGUCCUUCCUUCCACCCCAGAGUGUAUAUCAUUUGCACCAGCUGCGGGAGGUUCAAGCUUGUCCCCUAUUUACCAGGCAGUGGGACAUUUCUAAGUUUUAAUGGUAGUUGUCAGUUAAGUCCCACUGCCUUCACGUCUGGCAUUAAAUAAAGUACAUUUGACAGUGACUUUGUUUUUAAGGAUUUUUUUUUUCAAUUUAUUACAUAUCAGUGCUCUACCUCCAGGCCAG